AUGGCUGGUAGUUUUUGGAGGAACAGUAGUGUCGAUUUUUCGUUUAUCCCGUCUGUAGGGGCGUCGGGGGGGAUUCUGACCUUGUGGAACACUAAUACUGUAAAAGCUGUUUUCAAUUUUGGUGGAAGGGGUUUUCUGGGAAUGAAGCUUUUGUGGAAGGGGAAUUAUUUUUAUGCUGUCAAUGUUUACUUUCCUAUUUCCAGGGAGGAGAAGAGAUCUCUGCGGGAGAAAAUUCUAGAUUUGAAAUCAAGAUUUAGUGAUGGAGAGUGGUUAGUGGGAGGUGACUUUAAUACGGUUCGAAACAGGAGGGAGAGAAAGGGUGUUUCGUUUCAUAAUUCUCGAAGGGAGUGGUCGGAUUUUGAAGAGUAUAUUAGGAGGAGUGGUUUGGAAGAUGUUCCGUGCAAAGGGAAGAAGUACACGUGGUUUGGUGGUGAUGGUAGAUUGAGGAGUAGAUUAGACCGUUUCUUGUUGGCGGAUAAGAUUGUGAGUGGGUGGGGCGUCAUUGGCCAAUUGGUGGAGGAUCGCGAUGUUUCGGACCAUUGUCCGGUGUGGUUGCUUUGCGAUAAGGCAAAUUGGGGUCCGAAGCCUUUUAAAGUAAACAAAGAAUGGUUUUCUAAUAAGGAUUUUUUGCCGUUUGUGGAGAAGGAAUGGCUCUCUAUAAUAGUGGGGGGGGGGGGGGGAGGGGUGAUUUUAUUCUUAAGGAGAAGUUAA